AUGGGCCACACGAAAAAUAUGGAAGCACGCGCUGAAGCUUCCAAGGCUAUCCCAAUGGCCCUUUCGCAUGCGUUGGCUCUGUACAAAUCACGAAUCGCGGAGGUCUUGACCGGCUUUCAAGGCGACAAACUUGCCGGCAUCCUGGCUUCCAAGGAGACCUUCCUCCAAAGCUCCACAGGUGCUUUGCCAGAUUUGAUGAACCGACUCGAUGACACCAAGAGAGCCGUACAAGAGAUGGAGAUCAACCUACAAGAAAAGGAGGUUCUCUUGCGAGAAAAGGAUGUUCUCUUGCAAGCAAAGGAUGAUAUUGUGCUAAAGAGGGAGAGCCAAAUUAUUCGUUUGGGUCAAGUAUGCAACAACAAGGAUCAGACGAUCGGCGCGAUGAAAGCCAAGCUCGGGGGCGAGGAGGUUAAGCCAGCAUACCUGCUCAAGGAACAAAUGAAGAGCCUAGAGACUACUUUGAAUAGACUCCAAUUCGACCAACAUCAGACCAAGAACGACAUCAAGAGGCUGCAAGACAGUCAAGCAACUCUGCUUGCCGAGAACCUGAGAAUGGCCAUUGAAUUGAAGGAGGCAUCCACGUUUACGAAGAUGUUGGAUCAACUUCGCGAGAACCGUAUCAUGCCAAAUCGUCCCCCGCUUCCCGAACUCAUUCGCUUCCCAGUAGUACCCCGAGUCGAUCCCGGUGAGGAGACAUCACUUGACGAGGCAUCUGGUCCAAAUCAAGAUAAGAAGCACGGUAUCGAUCCCCUUGAUGACGAAAUCAAGAUGAGAUUCAAGCGACUCAAAUCUCAACCUCGAGGAACAAUUGUGUAUCCAGCGGCAAACUCCUGGCGGGCUUUUGAGCGGGCUAGGGGAUGGUGGAUGCAUUUCUUGCAUGGGAGCUUCUCGCCUGGGAAAUUCUUUACUAGGAGUGUCAACGGGGAUUUUACGAUGAGGAUCUCUUGCUGGUGGCCUGUAACAGUUUCUUGA